GUUGCGCUGGGGCAACAAACCCUUGGCCUCAUCGUUUCUUACUUUCCGUCCGAUCUCUAUCUCUCAAGCAGCAAUGGCCGCUGAGCCAGGCGAAGCCGCGGCGAGCCUAGCGCCGGCGCCGGCUGAGGACUCUGUGAGAUCCGCGGCGCUGAAGCGUCCCCGCGAGGACGGUGACGCGGCGACGUCGGCGGAUGCCCCGUCGCCGAAGCGGCGGGUGAAGUCGACCGUGGACGUCCUAUUCAGGAUCGUGGUUCCGUCGCGGCAGAUUGGGAAGGUGAUGUGGAAAGUCGGGUCUCGGAUCCAGAAGAUUCGGAGAGACAAGGCCACCGUUAAGAUCGCCGAUGCUAUCUCGCGACAUGAAGAGCGUGUAAUCAUUAUAAGUUCUAAAGACAGUGACAACCCAAUUUCUGAUGCAGAAAAUGCCCUUCUUCAAAUAGCAAGGCUGAUUCUCAAGGAGGAUGAUGGCAACCUUGAGGCACUUAAAGUUGGAGCUGUGCAUGUGGCUGCAAAUACAAUAAGACUUCUAAUUGCUGGUUCACAGGCGGGUGGUUUGAUUGGAACAUCUGGUCAAAACAUUGAAAAAAUUAGGAAUUCCUCUGGUGCCACAAUAACGGUUCUUGCUCAAAACCAAUUGCCUUUAUGUGCAUCUGCCCAUGAAUCUGACCGAGUGGUGCAAGUAUCAGGGGAUAUUUCUGCAGUAAUAAAGGCUUUGGAGGAGAUUGGAAGUCAACUAAGGGAAAAUCCACCUAGACAAGUAAUUGCGCUAAGUCCUACAUAUAAUCUUGGGUAUAACCGACCUCCUCAGCAAUAUGUUGACCCAACCUCAGCUGAUUAUGUGACCGUGGCAAUGAUGGUAUCGGAAGCAAUGAUCGGUGGCUUGAUUGGGAGAUGUGGCUCCAACAUAUCAAGGAUACGAACUGAGUCUGGAGCAACAAUCAAGGUAUAUGGUGGCAAAGGUGAGCAGAAACAUAGGCAAAUCCAUAUCGGUGGUAGUGCUCAACAGGUAGCACUGGCGAAGCAGAGAGUUGAUGAAUACAUAUAUUCCCAGCUGAUCCAACAAGCUGGUGGUCAACAAUCGGUCGAUCCUGCCACCGGAAUGAUGACCACCCUUGCUCCCUUUUUCGCAUCGGCAUCAGAUCCUGCCGCGGCAGCGGCGGCAGCUGGCAUGAUGAAUACCGUCGUGCCCUACUUCACAUCCACUAACACGAAUCAAGUUCCUCCAUAUCCUGGUCCGUCCUUCCAUGCUCCACCAAUAUGAAGAUGCGAAAACGUGCCACUUUUUGUAGUGGUUACACCACUUGGAUGUACAAAUUGUGGACUACUGUCGUCAGAAAAGUGUUUGCAUUAAAGAGACUCGUCUUCUAUGCUAAUUAAACAUGUUGAGAAAUUUUUUGAACGCCUAACUGUUUGUUUUUAUUUAGAAGUAUUUUUUUUUAAAUCAACUUUUUUGCCCCUUGGUCUCGGUAUGUACAGGAGGAACUGUACUUGUAAUCUGGUAUGCAUGGACGUUAUUCUAGAUUCCUUUUAUCA